AUGACGGCGACGACGAUGCAGCACAUGAUGCAGUUCGGCGAGCAGGUUCUCAAAGACCCCUCCUACCUGCUCCGCCAGGCCAGGUUUGUGCACCGCGAGCUGCCCAUCCGCCUCGCGAAGCGACUCAUGGAUCUGCAGUUCCUGCCCUACAUCGUCGUCACCAACCCGCACAUCAAGCAGGUCUAUGACUCAUACCGCAGGGCGCUAGACCUGCUGGUUGCAUUCCCGGAGGUGCGGACGCAUGAGGACAAUGAGAAGUUCACAGAGCUGCUGGCGCUGCUGGUGGAGGAGCACACGCCUCUGAUAGGCGUGCUGGCCCGCGGAGUGAGAGAGUGCUCUAUUCGGCCACUGGUGGGACGAGAACUCAACCUCGAUAGCUUCCUCGAUAGCAUGUUGCGGUCUAGAAUCAGUCGGAGGGUGGUGGCAGAGCAACACAUCGCACUGCAGCAGAAGAGACCGGGGUACAUUGGAGUCAUCUGCACCAACAUGUCAGCGCGGGAGGUCGUCGAAGAUGCAGUGGAGGAGGCGACUGACAUGUGCACGAGGACGUUUGGCUGCUGCCCUGAGUUCGUCCUCACGGGGGACCUCCAUACCUCCUUUGCCUACAUCCCCUCGCACCUCCACUACAUGCUUUUUGAGAUUCUCAAGAAUGCCUCACGAGCAAUAGUGGAGCAUUACACAGACCAAUCAGGGGACUCGAUGCCUUCCUCUUCAGCGAAGUUCCCCCCCGUUAUAGUCACAGUCUGUUCCGGAUCCAAUGAAGUAACAAUCAAGGUGUCUGAUUUGGGAGGGGGCAUUCCAGAGAAGCUGCAAUCCAAGGUGUGGCGCUAUGGCUAUUCGUCAGUGGAGGGUGACGUCAGCACCUCCAGCACCCUGAGAUCAGCAGCUGGUGGCCCUGUGGAUUCUCAAGGGACGCCCAUGGCAGGGCUGGGAUUCGGGCUGCCUUACUCGCGGUUGCUGGCGCAGUACCUUGGCGGCAAUAUCGAGAUGGUCAGCAUUCCAGGCUAUGGCACGGAUGUGUAUGUGAGGGUGCGGCGGGUGGUUGACCAGACAGAAGCCGUGGAGAUCUGA